AUGGACGAGGCUCUGGACGCGGCGUUGCGGGAUGCGAAACGGGCGUUCGGAGGUGGUCGCGCCGGCGCUGGUGGAUGGCGCGAGGCUGUCGACGCGUGGAUGGGGUUUUAUCACGCCGUAGACUGGUCCGAGGGUUGGUUGAAAUUACUUCUCUGCGCGCACGUGUGUCUGUUCAUUGCGAUCGCGUCGACGCGCGGGAGCGAUCGGGCGCAGGGUGGAUUGUUCUGUAUCUGCGUCGUCGUCGUACUCGCGGCGGAGCGGAUAAACUCGUUAGGAGACGCGCACUGGGAGACGUUUGCGAGUCAGAACUAUUUCGACAAGCGCGGACGGUUCAUCUCGAUCGUCCUCUCCACGCCCUUGGUCGUGGCGACGCUUUUUAUUUUAGUGAACUUGUUGUACAUCAUGACGGGGAUGAUGGUCGAGGUCGCGCGCAAGCGUAGGAAGACGGGUGUGAAGAAGACGCAGUGA